UCGCCAUCAGUAAUUUUUACCGCGAAAAAACAUUUAACGGCGAACAAAAAAUAAAAUCACACUGCCACUCUCUCCCGCGUAUACUAAAAAUAAAUAUCCUCAAGAAAAGAAAAAAGAGAAAAGCUUCCAUUUUUAAACCACUUCUCGAUCUAUCCUUCUUCUUCUUCUUCUUCUUUCGUUUUAUCAUCACAGAUCCAACAAUGGGAUCACUUGACCUACCGUCACCAAUUCCUGAUCCCAAAUCCCAAUCUCAGAUUGACCAAAACACCCUUCUCAACCUCUUCAAAUCACAACAAAACCACCUUAACUACUUCUUCCAGAACCUCGACAUUUCCCAGACCUUAUCAUUCACCCAGACCCUCCUGAAUUCACGGGGCACAAUUCUUUUCACCGGCGUCGGCAAAUCCGGAUUCGUCGCUAAUAAAAUCUCGCAAACCCUAGUCUCUCUCGGCAUUCGCGCCGGUUUUCUCUCCCCUGUCGAUGCACUACAUGGCGACAUUGGCAUCCUCACUCCGCGUGACAUUCUUGUUAUGUUUAGUAAAUCUGGGAAUACCGACGAGUUGUUAAGGCUUGUGCCUUGUGCUAAAGCUAAAGGUGCUUUCCUCGUCUCUGUUACUUCUGUUGAAGGCAAUGCAUUAGCGAUGGUUUCUGAUAUGAAUGUUUAUUUGCCUUUGGAGAGAGAAUUGUGUCCCUUUGAUUUGGCUCCUGUUACUUCUACGGCGAUACAAAUGGUUUUUGGUGACACUGUUGCCAUUGCGCUUAUGGGUGCUCGGAAUUUGAGUAAAGAUGAGUAUGCUGCUAAUCACCCUGCUGGCAGGAUUGGGAAAAGCUUGAUUUUUAAGGUAAAAGAUGUGAUGAAGAAGCAAGAUGAGCUUCCAGUCUGCAAGGAAGGAGAUUUGAUAAUGGAUCAGCUAGUUGAGCUAACAAGUAGAGGAUGCGGGUGCUUGCUUGUCAUAGAUGAAGAAUAUCACCUGAUUGGAACAUUUACAGAUGGUGAUCUUCGGCGCACACUCAAGGCUAGUGGGGAAGCCAUCUUUAAGCUCACAGUGGGGGAAAUGUGCAACAGGAAUCCAAGAACAAUCGGUCCAGAUGCAAUGGCAGUGGAAGCCAUGAAGAAGAUGGAAUCACCACCAUCCCCUGUACAAUUCUUGCCUGUGAUUGAUCAGCAAAAUAUCGUGAUUGGAAUUGUUACUCUGCAUGGAUUAGUUUCAGCCGGUCUUUGAUCAUUAAAUUUAGCUUAAUUCUUUAGUAAUAUUCCAAAUUUUUUCUUAGGGUGAUUCUUUGUCUCAAUUAACACUUGAAUUUACCCCUAGGCCUGGAGUCUUUUGUACCAUUGUGUUUUGUAAAGUAUAGUGUAUUUCAAGUUUUAAUUCAGUUGAAAUGUGGUAGAUGGAUGAUGGAACUAUGAUUUUAGUAAUAACGUAAGCAUACAAGUUCAUAUUA